AUGGUUGAUAACAAACAUAUCAAAAACGCGUUCGAUGAGCACUCCAAGACGAAAAAAGGAAAAUUGAGUCGAUCUGAAGCGAAGAAAGCUCUGGAUGACUUGGAUAAGUCCUCGGAUUUCAGUGCUCGAUGGAGAAAAUACUCGAGUGGGGGAUUUGUGGACUUACAAGGCCACGCCCCCUUGAAAUCGUAUUCCGGUCAUCACAGUGAGACUCACAAGUCGGAAUCAAAAAAGAAGAAGGAUAAGAAGACGUUCGAGGAGGAGGAUGAUGUGGAGAAGCAAAAAAAGGAUUCAGAUGAGAAUUCAGAUGACGUGAAGGGGAAGAAAUCGAUGAAAUCGGAGAAAAAUGCGAAAAAAACGAAAAAAUCGGCGAAAAAAUCGAAAAAAUCGUCGUCGUCGUCGUCAUCGGAUUCUGAUUCCUCAGAUUCCUCAGAUUCCUCAGAUUCCUCCGACGACGAGAAGAAGAAGAAAAAGAAGAAGAAAUCUAAGAAGUCUUCAUCGUCAUCGGAUUCUUCUUCGGAUUCAGAUUCCUCGGAUUCUGAUGACGACAAGAAAAAGAAGAAAUCCAAAAAAUCCAAAAAAUCCAAAAAAGAAUUGGAUUCUGAUUCUGAAGAAGAAGAAUCUAUUCCAAAAAAGGCUCCAACGAAAAAAGUGGCUCCAGAAUCCGAACGCCGACGUCAUCGACUCAAAAAAACUGAAGAGCACGAGGAGGAGAAGGAGAAGGAGGAGCAUCAUGAGUCGAAUGAUGAGAAUUUUGAAUUCGACACCAAUUCCAGAAGGCGUGACGAUUCAGAUGAUACUGACGAUGAAAUUCUCCUCGAGAAAGACCCGGAAAUUGAUGAAAAUCAGGAAAAAUCGGAAAAAUCAUCGAAAAAAAAGGAAAAAUCUGGAAAAAAUCACCAUCACCACUGCUGCUGCGGAGCCACUGAUGAGCACAAGCACACCCUAAACUGA